AUGAAGUUUGAAUACCUUAAACUUCCUCUCUGGACUCGUCUGCCUGUUUCCACAGUGGCCCUAACAGAAGAGGACGGAGGCAGCGCUGGCGAGGGCCGACUGCUCCGGGACAUCUGUGAUCUCUGUCAGGGCGAGACAACACCGCGCUGGGCCAACGCACACAGGAAUGCAGAUGACAUGUGGAUCGGCAGCGUGUGUAAAGACCAGCGUCUAGACUUGAAGAGGCUGAAGAGGCUGAAGGGGAAGCGCUCGGCCUUGAUGCCCUGUGCCGUGCCUGCCGAGGAUUCACACAGACUGGCUGGCUGGCCUCCUCUCUGGGUGCUCGGGGCUACCAGGCAGUUUCUGGAGGAAAUCAACAAGUGGACCAGUCAGCACGGCGUGUCGCCGCUGUCCCGGGAGCUGGCCGUCAAGUUCCUCAUGGCCCGCAAGUUUGACGUCCUCCGCGCCAUCGAGCUGUUCCACAGUUACAGGGAAACGCGUCUAAAAGAAGGAAUUGUCCGGCUGCAGCCUCAGGAGGAGCCUCUGCGCUCGGAGCUGCUCAGCGGAAAGUUCACCGUGCUGAGUGCACGGGACCCCACGGGGGCCUCCAUCGCCUUGUACACGGCCAAGCUCCAUCACCCCAACAAGACGGGCAACCACGUGGUUCUGCAGGCGCUCUUCUACCUCCUGGACCGGGCCGUGGAAAGCUUUGAGACCCAGAGGAACGGCUUGGUUUUCAUUUACGACAUGGCGGGCUCCAACUACACAAACUUUGAGCUGGACCUGAGCAAGAAGAUCCUCAACCUGCUCAAGGGGGCGUUCCCUGCCAGGCUGAAGAAGGUGCUGAUCGUCGGGGCCCCAGUUUGGUUCCGUGUUCCCUACAACCUGCUCAGCCUGCUGCUCAAGGAGAAGCUGAGGGAGAGGGUCCAGAUGGUAAAGAUGGCUGAUCUCCGCCAGCACCUGCCCAGGGACUGCAUCCCGCAGCACCUGGGCGGCCUGCUGCCCCUGGACGCGUACAGCUGGAACCAGCAGCUCCUCGUGGGCCAGAACGGCCGAGUGGACCCCGUGGACGAGCUGGUGGGGAUCCCCAUGGAGGACUCGUCCAUCCACGUCCCCGGACCCGAGUCCAUGCGGCCCCAGGAGCUGCUGGCGCACCUGGGCCGGCUGCAGCGCACCGGCAUCCACCAGGAGUACGAGGAGCUGCGCACGGAAAUGUCCCCGGGAACCUUCCACUCUGCACAAGCAGCCUACAAUCAGGAGAAGAAUCGUUACGGAGACGUGUUGUGCCUUGAUCAAACAAGAGUUCGCUUGAAACCCCGGAGGAAUGAGAGAUCAGAUUACAUCAAUGCAAGCUUCAUGGACGGCUACAAACAGAAGAAUGCAUACAUUGGUACUCAAGGACCGCUGGAGAGGACCUACGCUGAUUUCUGGAGAAUGGUCUGGGAACAAAACGUCCUCGUUAUCGUCAUGACGACCAGGACGGACGAGGGCAACCGGAAGAAGUGUGGCCAGUACUGGCCGCUGGAGGAAGGAGGCCAGGAGGUCUACGGCCACAUAGCCGUGGUGAACCAGAGGGUGGACCACCACGCACACUGCAACCACACCACCCUGGAGCUGCACAACACCGAGACAUGUGAACAGAGACACGUGAGUCAUUUCCAGUACCUGAGCUGGCCUGACUACGGGGUCCCGUCCUCCGCCGUGACGCUCAUCGACUUCCUGGGAGCCGUGAAGAGACAGCAGAAGAAGAUGGUGAGGGCUUUGGGCUCCCAGUGGACGGGCCACCCGCUGGGACCCCCGAUGGUGGUGCACUGCAGCGCGGGGAUCGGGAGGACAGGAACCUUCUGUGCCCUGGACAUCAGUCUGUCCCAGCUCCAGGACGUCGGCUCCCUCAACGUGUACCAGACGGUGCGGCGCAUGAGAACGCAGAGGGCCUUCAGCAUCCAGACCCCGGACCAGUACUACUUCUGCUACAACGCCAUCCUGGAGCACGCCCAGCGGCAGGGCCUGCUGCCCUCCAACCAGUGAGGCCGGCCCGGCUCUCAGACCGGUCCAGCAGUCCUUCAGGCCCGGAGACGCCACAGGGGAGCAACGUCCACGCCCAAGAGUUUUAAGACAAAGCCAUUCUCAAUUAGUAGCGAAAAAG